AUGCCCCAGCAGCCACACAUUCGUGUCGUUGUGCAGCUCCCUUAUAACCGUCCUGACCACCCGCUUCCUGAUCCUCCCCAUAUUGAAUGGAACGCGGAAAAGGCUAAUGUUCUAUGGGAGGUUAUCGCACUCUCUCGGACGAGCGAUAACGGUGGUACGGAUUGGAAAGGCCUCGCUGCACAUCUCGAAGUACCACUUCCGUAUCUACUAUAUCGUGCACAGGCUAGAUACGAAGAUGACCUCCGAGGACUGCAAGGUUUCCACGCUGGCAAUCAACAGAACCAGCCCGCCACCAAGUCUACAGAAGUAACACCCGUCCUCCCAGACCGUCCCCUCUCCAUUAAGAUUCCUACUGCACGCUUCAAUUCCCUCAACAGCGCCCGUAGACUAUCCUCUUCCAGGCUAGCAACGCCACUCGGCGUUCGUGCACGGCUCAACUCCCUCACCCAACACAAUACCAUCCAAUCACCUGCAAAAUCCAAGAAGGCAUCGUCCUCGUCAACAUCUACUCUUCAGGGCACUCAAAUAAAGAGACCCCUGCGCCUGCCCUCUCCUUUCUCAUCUGACGAGAGCGAUUCGGAGGAUGAGCAGGCCGCCAAGGAAGAAGAAGCGGACCGUGCGGCAGAGGAAGAAGAAGCUCUGUCACGCAAGCUUGCAAGUCUACAACGCAUGAUGACGAGCGAGGCUCUCGGCCUUGUUGGCUCGCCACUAUCCCCUGAGAAAGGCAAGGCCCGAGAUGUGAUCCGUGGGCGUGCGCCGGUGCCUAUCUUUCGCCCUGGACGCGAGGGUGAGGAUGUUGUAGGCUUCAGACGCAACGAUGAGAGCUUCAGACAUGAAGAGCGGAAUCGCGAUCACAGCGCAUCUGUUUCAAGUGCAUCUUCUCCGCAGGGUUCGAUCCCUUCGAUCCCGUCUCCCCCGCCAGAGUCCCAAUCUCCGAUGGCCCGGCAUCUUUCUACGAGCAAGUCGAGCAGCCCGCCGACGGUGUCGACGCGAAACGCACGGGGGCUGUCGCACAUGCGUUAUGGACCACUUGCAGGUCUUAGCGAGCAGGAGAGUAGUCAUGGGAGCUCUGCCUCGAGCUUUAGUGACAUAAGCGAAGCAAGCUUUUCGGCCUCUGCGUUAGAGAGUGCGCUGAUGUCAAAUGUCCCUGCAGGGGCGGGGUCUCGUCUAUCUGCAAUUGCAAGGAGUAGGUUCGUACGUGGUGUGCGGUUGUAG